AUGGACAUACGAAAGUGGCUAGACGAGACAGUGCAACCGGAAGCACCGCGCGAGCCCAAUAACCUUCAUCAGACCGCAGAGCCUGCUAAACGGAAGCGCCGCCGCAGAUCAGACAGCUCCCUCCUCGAUCCCCGUCCGCCUGCAUCCUCUCCGCAUAAGCCAGCGGAGGAUAGUGCUGACGAGGCGCUCCAGGCGACAUGCAGCGACAGCUCUAGCAGCAGCCGAUAUGCGCGCAAACCUCGUAGAAAGACGCGUCCAGAGCGGUAUGAGCCACAGUAUGCGCCAGGUCCCCAUGCCCAUCGCGAUCGUAAGGACAAAUCAAAGAAGUCGCGACGCAAGCCUCGACGCAAGAAGGGCGAGAAGGCACCUGGUGUUAUGCAGACCUUCCAGGCAACGAACAUGUCUGGGGAUCGGCUGACCCUAGGCCUCUUCAACAAGGGACGGACAUCUACUGCAAUCAAGGGCCGCGGGUUGCCCGAUCUGGUGUUCUCGGAGAUGAAGUUCCUGCAGCAGCACAAAGACGAACCAGAGCCUGUCCCUCGAACCGACGCGUCCAAAAAGAAACGCAAGAAGGACAAUGAACAGAUGAAGGAAGGAGAGAUCUCCGCUUUCUUUACCUCAGCGCGACCGGCAUUGGUCGACAAGGACACAAACACCCCACCGCAGCAUCCUGUACCAAAAGCUAAGCGGCGUCGUCGUGAUCAAUCCUCGGUAGAUGACACUGCUAUACCUACUGUUGAGGCUACAGGCCAAGCCUCAUAUUUAGGUUUUGGAAGUAGAGGCCCUCGCCAUGAGAGUAAUAGCUACCUCCUCGAAGAAUAA